GCGAUAGCACGUAGUCCAAGGAUAACCGUGAAAAGACUUUUGCUGAACCGCCUGCUUUUUCAGCGCUUCGAAUGGUAUUCAUGCAGUUCAUGAGUUAGUUCUUUCUUGAAGUGAAACGUAAUAGUGAUGCUAAACAAAGGAAGAUAUUGGAAUGGGAUGUCUAUGAUUUGGAUGUUCAUUUUUAUGAUUAGUAUUGUACAAGUGUAUGGCGAUAGACCAACUAGAAGGUUCCGUGGUCCCCGCUUCUUGCACGAACCUCCAGAGAUAGUAGAGUUUUCGAAUUCGACAGGCACUGUGAUAACCUGCACUGCUCAAGGUGUGCCAGAUCCAGCAAUGCGUUGGGAAAGGAAAGAUGGAAGCACGGUCACAACAAUUCCUGGUAUUCGUCAAGUGAGGCCUGAUAACUCUUUAGUGUUCUUUCCCAUCGAUACCAGCAAAUAUCGACAAGAUGUUCAUGCUGCUACGUAUCGCUGUACAGCAACAAAUAGAGUUGGGAAAAUUCGAAGCAGAGACGUUAUGGUUAGGACAGGUAAGUAA